GGCAUAUUCUACCAAAAGCAUCUUCUGUCAAAACCCUUUCUCCUCCCCCUUCUCUCUCUCUCUCUCUCUCUCUCUCUCCUGUUCUCUUCUUCUUCUUCUUCUUCUUUUUCUCUCACAUCUCCUUUUCAUGGAAGCUACGCCCCUGCUGCGGCGAUCCCUUUAGAUGCUCACGCGGCGCUCGGUGGCGCGGCCCCUUCUCUUCCUCCUCCGCCCUCUCUCCUCCUCCUCCUCCUCCUCCUCUCCUCCACACCCAAACCCUCAACGCCCAUCCUCCUCCUCCGACGAAGAAGAAGAACACGAGAAGCAGCAGCUACAACAACAACAACAACAACAACAACAGCUACACCACCGCCGCAACCUCCUCCUCACCUCCCGUCCCCUCUCCUCCCCACCGGCGCCGCCUCCGUCGGGCAUCGGCCUCGCCCUCGCCCUCGCCCGCCCUUCGUCUUCAUCUGCUCCCCCGGCUCUCCUCUCCUUCGCUCGCAAUUAUUCUCUGCGUGUCGCGAAGGUUAAAAGAGCCGAAUUUGAUGAUGAGACCAGCCAGCGAGCAGUUAACACGGCACUAUGGUGCAACUUCCUCGUGUUCUCUCUCAAAUUCGGGGUGUGGAUGUCGACUUCUAGUCAUGUUAUGCUAGCUGAACUGGUCCACUCGGUUGCAGAUUUUGCAAACCAGGCCCUUCUAGCAUAUGGUUUGAGUAGCUCAAGGCGUGCUCCAGAUGCUAUGCACCCUUAUGGCUACUCAAAGGAAAGAUUUGUUUGGUCGCUGAUAUCUGCUGUGGGCAUCUUUUGCUUGGGUUCUGGUGCCACAAUCGUGCACGGGUUCCAAAACUUGUGGAACUCUCACCCCCCCGAAAAUAUUCAUUAUGCUGCUUUAGUGAUCGGUGGAUCAUUUCUGCUUGAAGGUGCUUCACUGCUUGUUGCUAUCAAUGCUGUGAAGAAAGGUGCCGCUGCAGAAGGAAUGAAAGUGUGGGAUUAUAUUUGGCGUGGUCAUGAUCCAACUUCAGUUGCUGUCAUGACAGAGGAUGGUGCUGCUGUAACUGGCCUCGCUAUUGCGGCGGCAUCAUUAGUGACUGUUCAUACGACUGGAAAUGCUAUAUAUGACCCAAUUGGUUCAAUCAUAGUUGGUAAUUUACUUGGAAUGGUUGCUGUUUUUCUCAUUCAGAGGAACAGGCAUGCUUUAAUUGGUAGAGCCAUUGAUGAUCAUGACAUGGAAAAAGUUCUUCAGUUCUUGAAGUCCGAUCCGGUCGUAGAUGCUAUUUAUGAUUGCAAAAGUGAAGUGAUUGGGCCAGGAUUCUUUAGAUUCAAAGCUGAGAUAGAUUUCAAUGGCGUCGUGGUGGUGCAGAAUUAUUUGGAAAGAACAGGCCGAGAAGAAUGGGCGAAACAGUUUCGAGAGGCCGCAAAGUGCGAAGAUGAUAAAGCUCUACUCAUGGUCAUGGCUAAUUACGGUGAGGAUGUAGUCGAAGCUCUCGGAGCCGAGGUGGAUCGGCUCGAAUCGGAGAUUCAAAAAAUCGUCCCCGGAAUUCGACAUGUCGAUAUCGAGGCGCAUAAUCCUGACGGCGUCUUGAAGUAACCCUCAUUAAUCUUUCGGCUUUUUUAUGGUAAUAAUUAAAUACAUGAGCUUUUUUGGUUUUUCUCUUCCUCUUCAUUGAUGGUCCAUUAUUUUUUUCCCGUUUUUUUUUUUUGUGAUUGAAGUGGCUCACCUUUUUAACUUCCUCUGAGAUAUCUGAUGAUUCAUUCGGUGUGCAAAAAGAUUUUCAUUAGAGUAUACAAACUGGGUUAGUCAUGAUGGAAAAGCUGUAGUAAAUGCAAAUUUGGGGUCUCUCUCUCUUUACUACUAAAAAAACAUUCUCAAAUUA